UUACAAUUUAAAUACCAUAUUCAUUCUGACAAAAAUGUUCGCCGAAAAAGCUACAGUAAUUCUCUUAUUACAUCUUUUUGCAAUAAAUAUCCAAUUGGUGACAAGUGAUACUGGUAUUGAUUCUGUGACAAUUAGCUUCUUUUAUGGACCAACAUUCAAUGAUUCCCAGAAAUAUAACUUGAACGAUGCAGCUUCUCUCGUUAAACAUCCAAAAUUUAUACACAAUCAAACUACAUGUUUUAUGAUAGGUUACGAUAACUUAGAUGAUAAUCCUGGUACAAGAUUGAUGGUCGAUUCGUAUUUAAAAAGAAAUACAACGAAUUUUUUGAACAUCAAUUAUGAAAAAAUAAAUGGGGGAAACUACUCUUAUAAUCAAACUCAAAAGAAUGUCUUAAAGCUUGCUUCAAGAGUUGUUGAUUUUUGUAUCAAACUCUUUAGGUCUGGUGUGAAUGAUGACACAUUCAGUUUAGUUGGACAUUCUUUGGGCGGCCGAGGUGUAUCUUUAAUUGCACGAGGUAUAGUUAAAAGAAGUAUUAAAGCUUUUACAAUAUCUAGGCUAAGCAUGUUAGACCCUACCAAUGAAGAAAGAUACGAUAUAUAUACUUUUCCACCAAUUGAACAAUAUUUUGCUAAGUUUAUCGAUGUAAUUCAUAGUGCUGCUGGAUUUGCAACAACAAAAAGCUUGGGAAAUGUUAAUUUUUGGCCUAAUAAUGGUACUGCUUUACAACCAGGAUGUUCGGAUAAAACAGAGAAAUGCAGUCAUAGAAAAUCAUUAGCUUAUUGGGCAGAAAGUGUUGCCAAUGGACCAUUAAAUUCAAUGUUAGCUUAUCCUUCGGGAAGCUAUGAUAAUUUGUUGAAAAAUGGAGAAGAUCGUUAUAAAAACGGAGCUGUUGUAAUGGGAAUUGAUUGUCCUCGAGAGGCAAGAGGUGAUUAUUAUUUGCAAUAUAAUACCACUUUUGGUGACUCUUUGACUCUAAGUGAAGUAUAAUGUUUUUCUUAAUGCAUUAAAAAAAAACUAAUUAAAAAAAUCUGCAGCUUUAAAAGAUAGAAAAGCCAGUUUUAUUUUCUUAGAUUUAUACCUUUAAAGAUUAAUAAAAAUCCAAACAGUUGUUUUUAAGUACUUUUUAAAAGAUUUCUUAAAAUGUUCUUCAACAAGAUGAACACUAAGCCCAAUUAACUAAAAAAAAGGUAUUUGCGAUUUGAUUUAAAUUAAUUUUUUUAAACAGAAUGUAUUUCAAUAAAAAAAAUUAUCGUGCGAUGAUGCAACGAUACACAUUUUAAAACUUUGUUUA